AUGAGGAAGCGCGAUGAUGCGGGUCGACCAGGUCUACGCCGGGGCGCGAAGUCGCCGAAGGCGCCACCGCCACUGUUCCUAAGCCGCCAGAGACCGAUGACCCAGAGGAGGUCGAGGAGCCAGAGAAGAAGAGGCCUGCCCUUCCUUCUUGGGCGGUCCUCCCAUGGCUGGCGCUGCUCAGCGGUUUGCUCCUGGUGCCGCUUUCUAUCGGUGCAGAGGUCGCUGCGGAGCUACGUGUGGAGACCUCCGGCCUCGUCAGAGCGGCCGGUGGAGGCACUGCCGCAGCGGCAGGGGCAACAACCCAAAGCACCCUCCAAGAGUUGCAGACGCUGCCGGAGGCAGACCUACGUCGCAUUCGAGACUGCAGCUUCGUGCAUCACGGCACUUUCCAUCGACUCCGGGUGGCCAGUCUCGUCCGCACCCGGACAGAUGUUACAAUUGUCGCCCCGGACCGGGCCACGCUUCAAAUAG